UCUUUGGCUGCACAAAAGGUCAUCACGGUUAUCUCCGCAAAGGACAUUCCUGUCGGCGGAAAGAAUAUCGGAACCAGCUACCCGAUGCUCGGAGACGAAGCGCUUUUUGGAGAUCCGGUUUCAGAAUUUGCUGGUCAAACAGUUGGCAUUGUGAUUGCUGAAACGCAGAAGUACGCCUAUAUGGCGGCGAAGCAAGCUGUGAUCGAGUACAGCACCGAGAAUCUUGAGCCGCCGAUUCUGACAAUAGAGGAUGCCAUUAAACAUAACAGCUACUUCCAUACUCCCCCAUAUUUGGCUCCUCAGCCAGUUGGGGACUUUGACAAAGGGAUGUCUGAAGCUGAUCACAAGAUCUUAUCAGGAGAGGUGAAACUUGAAUCCCAGUACUACUUCUACAUGGAGACCAACACCGCCCUGGCCAUCCCGGACGAAGAUAACUGUAUCACGGUCUACUCGUCAACGCAGACUCCGGAAAUCACACAGAAUGUCAUCGCGGACCUCCUCGGCGUUCCGUACCACAAUGUUCGUGUCAUCACAAGAAGAGUUGGUGGCGGCUUUGGUGGGAAGGCACAAAAAGGAUGCCCUGUGGCAUGUGCCUGUGCACUUGCAGCGUUCAAGCUGCGGCGCCCUGUCCGGAUGUACCUUGACCUGAAGACGGACAUGAUCAUGGCGGGAGGGCGGCACCCGAUGAAGGUGAAGUACUCCGUCGGCUUCAAGUCGGACGGCACGCUCACGGCGCUGCACGUUGACCUAGGGAUCAACGCCGGUAUAUCCCCCGACGUGAGCCCGAUGCUCCCGGGGUUCAUCUUCAGCUCCCUGAAGAAGUACAACUGGGGCGCCCUGGCCUUCGAUGUGAAGUUGUGCAAGACCAACGUGUCGUCCAGGUCGGCGAUGCGAGGGCCCGGCGAAGUACAGGGCUCCUUCAUAGCGGAGGCCAUCAUCGAGCAUGUGGCGUCCGUGCUCGCCGCCGACACCAAUGCUGUCCGGAGGAAGAACCUCCACAGCUUCGACAGUCUCACGGCGUUCUACGGGAAGGCCGCGGGGGAUGCCGCCACGUACAGCCUCGUCGACUUGUUUGACAAGCUUACCACGUCGCCGGAGUACCGGAGCAGGGCAGCGGAGGUGGAGCGGUUCAACGGCGGGAGCAAGUGGAAGAAGCGCGGCAUCUCGUGCGUGCCAAUCACGUUCCAGGUGACGCUCCGGCCGUCGCCCGGGAAGGUGUCGAUCCUGAACGACGGUUCCAUCGUCGUGGAGGUCGGCGGCGUGGAGAUCGGGCAGGGGCUGUACACCAAGGUGAAGCAGAUGACGGCAUUCGGGCUGGCGGAGCUGGACGCCGACGGGGUCCUCCUGGACAAGGUGCGCGUGAUCCAGGCCGACUCGCUGAGCAUGGUCCAGGGCGGCUUCACGGGCGGGAGCACCACCUCCGAGGUGAGCUGCCAGGCGGUCCUGGAGUCAUGCGCCGCACUUGUCGAGCGGCUCAAGCCCAUCAAGGAGAGCAUCGAGGCCAACUCCGGCGCGCCGGCGCCAUGGAGCGCCCUGAUCGCCCAGGCGACGAUGGAGAGCGUGAACCUGUCAGCGCACGCCUACUGGACGCCCGACCCGGCCUUCGUGAAAUACCUCAACUACGGUGCCGGAGUGAGCGAGGUGGAGAUCGACGUGCUGACCGGAGCGACGACGAUCCUGAGGAGCGACCUGUUGUACGAUUGCGGGCACAGCCUGAACCCGGCGGUGGACCUCGGCCAGGUGGAGGGCGCGUUCGUGCAAGGCGUGGGGUUUUUCACCAGCGAGGAGUACGCGAGCAACUCCGACGGGCUGGUGAUCAACGACGGCACGUGGACGUACAAGAUCCCGACGGUGGACACCAUCCCGAGGCAGCUCAACGUGGAGUUCAUCAACAGCGCGCGCGAGAAGAGGCGGGUGCUGUCCUCCAAGGCCUCUGGCGAGCCGCCGCUGCUGAUGGCGGCGUCGGUGCACUGCGCGAUGCGGGAGGCCAUCAGGGCGGCCAGGAGGGAGUUCUCGGCCGAGUCGCCGCUGACGUUCCAGAUGGACGUGCCGGCCACCAUGGCCGACGUCAAGGAGCUCUGCGGCCUCGACGUUGUCGAGAGGCACCUCCACACCCUACUGUCCAAGGCCUCGUGAUGAUGCUCUGUGUAUAGUAUAAAUGAAAGAGAUACAUAAUAAAGUUAUCGACGUGGCUGGUUCAAUCGGAGGCGUUCUGAAGGAUGGAUGUUCCUGCAUGCUGGUCGUUUCAAGUAGAUACGAAAUGUUGUAAAGCCAGUCAAGGUGUUUUUUCAAGACAAAUGAUGAUGAUGUAAUAAGAAGAACAAAUAAUCGACUUGGUUGUAUGUAUUCACAAAUCAGAGAUUCAUUUUUGUUUCCAGAAUAAAUGGGGAUGAUAAAUAGCACCAAUAUUAUGCUCCUUUUACAAA